AUAUUUGGAAGCAUUCAAGGAUAUUACAAAUUUCGGACAAUAAAAUUUAUUUCUUUCCAAAAUUGGCAUCAUCCACACUUUAAAGGGUGCACUUGCCCUCUUCUCUCCUCAGAAUGCUCAACUCCCAUAAGCUACUUCAUUGAGAGAGAGAGAGAGAGGUCCAUCUUAUCAAAACAGGAUUGAAACUUGAAAUGGCUGUGAACCUCCUACCAUGUGAGCAAGCAGAUGAUGACUACAUUGACAUGGAAGUAAGCUCAUACUCUCACUUCCUUUCCCAUUCUCUAAGCUCCCCUCCACACCCCAGAGAAUUUGAGUUCCAAAUGUCUUCCAUCUCUCAAGAGAGAGAGCCUACAACUUCACCAGCUGAUGAGCUCUUCUACAAAGGAAAGCUCCUUCCUCUUCAGCUCCCACCACGUAUACAAAUGGUAGAAAAACUCUUGCAAAACUCCAGUCCUGCUUAUGAUACAAGAAAAGACAUCUUUGAAGAAUUCUAUAGCACCCCAUUAACCACUAGUGCCCCAACACCAAAUUAUAGUACCCCAUUUGAGUCCUGCAACAUCUCACCCUCAGAAUCAUGCAGGGUCAGUGGAGAGCUGAACCCAGAUGAGUAUCUCUACGAGUAUUCCAAUGAGGUCAGUGGCUUCAUUGGUGAACACCCAAAAAAGUCUUGGGCCAAAAAGCUCAAGCAGUCCUCACUUGGCUUAAAGCUGAAGGCUUCCAGGGCUUACCUGAAGUCCUUCUUCAGCAAAUCCGGUUGCUCCCACGAGUCCUGCACAGCUGCUACAAAGGAUGCAGAUGAAGGAUCGGUUUCAAAAGCCAAGGAAUGUAUGAAUAAGUACAUGAAGGAGUCUAAGAAAAUCCCAUUUGGACAAAUUAACAAGGACAAAUGCUUAACUUCAACUAGUAGUGUGAGGAGCAUUGACAAAGAAAAGAGUGCAGAGAUUGGUAUUGUUGGUCGCCAUAGGAGAUCAUUCUCCAUGGCUAUCAAACGCCAUUCAACAAAGAAGUCUUCAUCCUCUUCAGAAUCAUAUGGAUCUUCUUCAUCUUCAAGCUCAAACAAUUCAAAUGGAUUCCAUGAGUUACAAUUUCUCAAGAGAUGUAACAGUGCUAGUUCAGAUAUUGAGAUAUCAAUCCAAGGAGCAAUUGCUCAUUGCAAGCAGUCUCAGCAGCUCUUCCAUUCCAGAAAGACUGUAACUGAAGUGGGGUUUUACUCAUUGUCAACUUCAAGGAUUGCAGUUCUUGAAGAUCAAGAAAGGCCAGACCUUUGCAGGGGCUGAGAGAGAGAGAGAGAGAGAGAGAGUCAGAGAGAAGAAAAACAAGGGCAAAGUACAAAGUUGUAAUUGUCUAAUGAUGUGCUUUCCUUCUUUCAUAAUUUUGAUAAUGACUAUGCUUUGAUCCAAGACUUAUAAUUGUGUAUGGCUUUUUGUAAUUUUUAGAUCAGAGCAACCUGUGGAAGUUUGUGAAAACUCUGAAUAAAAGUUCUC